CGAGGUGCAAGGGCCGCCGCUACACUCACCCGGCAGGGCAGAGGCCGGGCUAGCGGCCUGCGAGCCCGGUGACCGCUUAUGCCGAUACCUCUCCUGGAGCAGAAAAGAUCAACAUGAGCCUACAACUGUCAAGUUCACCACGAGACCAGGUCCUUAAGCACCACAGCUACACACCUUUGAAAUACCUCCAGAAGUAGCAACUCAGCCACUUCUCUGGGCAACCUGGCAGCCUGUUCCAGUGCUUGACAUCCCUUUUCAUGAAGAAAAGUUUCCUAAUAACCAAUCUAAACCUCCCCUGGUGCAACUUCAGGCCGUUUUCACUUUUUACCUGGGAGAAGAGACCAGCACCUUCUUUGCUACGACCUCCUAUCAGGUUAGCAAUGGUCCGUAGUGGAAAAAAUGGUGGGCUCCACCUGAAGCAGAUUGCAUACUACAAGCGAACAGGGGAGUAUCAUCCUACAACAUUAUCAAGUGAAAGAAGUGGAAUCAGGAGAGCAGCCAAAAAAUUUGUUUUCAAAGAAAAUAAAUUGUUCUAUGUUGGAAAAGACAGAAAACAAAUGCGCCUGGUAAUUGUUUCAGAUGAAGAGAAGAAAAAUGUGCUUGAGAAAUGCCACGAAAAUGCUGCUGGCACUCAUCAUGGCAUAUCAAGGACACUGACUUUAGUGGAAUCUAAUUACUACUGGACCUCUGUAACAAAUGACGUCAAGCAGUGGGUGUAUGCUUGCCAGCGUUGCCAAAUGGCAAAGAAUACAACCACAACAGCAUCCAAACCACACCCUAUCAAAGCAGAGGAUCCAUGGACAGCAGUCAGUAUAGACCUAAUGGGACCUUUUAGUGUUACCAACAGAAGCCACAAGUAUGCCAUAAUUAUGACAGAUUUGUUUACAAGAUGGGCUGUUAUCUUGCCACUGCAUGAUGCAUCAGCAGCUGAAAUUGCUAAGGCAAUCAUAACUAUGUUUUUCUCAUAUGGGCCACCUCAAAAAAUGCCUAUUGAUAAAGGGAAAGAAUUUGUUUAUCAGAUAAAUGAAGAACUAUUUGCACUGUUUGGAAUGAAAGAAAUUGUACUGUCUUAUCCUCAGACAGAUGAUGUAAAAGAAAGAACAUGCAAGACAAUCAAAGCUUUCCUUAACAAAUACUGCACAGACCAUCCAAAUGAUUGGGAUGAGCAUUUGUCUGCUAUUGCCUAUGCUUUCAAUUUGACAAAUUUGGAGCCAGAUCAAAACAUUCCAUAUUUCCAAAUGUUUAAUCGUAACCCACAUGUUGUUGAGCCAUUGAAUACAUGCGUGGAAGGAAAAUACAGUAUGUUUGCCAAAAUAUUUGAAGCAACUAAAAAAGCCAAUAAAGAACUGGAAGAAGAAAAAACCUCAAAUUGCCAGGUGAUGAAAAAUACUUCAGAUGAACAAAAAACCAGAAACAAGAUCACUGUCAAAAGGAAGCCAGAGCAACUAAAUACCCCUCAGCUUAAAGUUGGUCAUGAAGUCCUCAGGCAAAAAAAAAAUUGGUGGAAAGAUGGUCGUUUCCAAUCAGAAUGGAUUGGUCCUUGUGUUAUAGAUUAUAUCACAGAUAAAGGCUGUGCAAUAUUAAGAGAUGUCACAGGAUCCAGGUUGAAAAGACCCAUCAAGAUGUCUCACCUCAAGCCAUAUAUAAGAGGGUCCAGUGGAAAAGGUAAUCAUUAUUUUUUACGAGGUGCAGUAGUUGUUGACCAUGACUAUAUUGGCUUAUCUGAACCAUCCUGUAAUCCAAGCCAACAAGACUCUGUUGCUGAAGGAGAAAUAAAUGCCUACACAAAAGAUGUCAUGUCUGCUGUGCAGAUGCUACCUGCAGCCUGCGAAGACCAAGAAUCAGAAGAUGAUAAACGCUAGUCUGGGCUGACAGAAAAUCAUGGAAUUGAAUCAAAAGAUGCAACACUGGAGCAACAGCCUUCUCCUUGUUGGACACUUUAGUCCUAGACCGACUAUAUUUAAGCAUAGUUUCACGUCACCAUUUCAUUGCCAGUUUGGAAAUUCUGUGGCAGACUGAAAAAAAAUGUGUUAGCUCCAAAAUCCACUGCAAAAUUGAGUUUAUUACUUUAUAAGAGGACAGCAGGUGUCCACUAUUCAUUUGUAUUGGCAAUAAAAAGGAAUUGCUCUGUUAAAAAAACAUAAGCACAAUGUAGUAGAAGUGUAAAUUCUGCUACUGUAUGAAUUUAAGAACACUGUAGGUGUCCAGUCAUUGUUUUAUGUGGGCUUUUAGAAGCAGUCACUUGAUGACCAAAAGUACAGGCACAACCUAGUAAAAAAAUGCGUUCUCAUCGUGCAUUUGAAUUUCAGAUUUUGUAGGUGAAAUGGCAGAGUAGCUGUACUUUACUGUUGCCCUGUCAGGAUACAAUGCAUCAUUUUAUUUAUUGGCCUUAUUGUUGAUCCUUAGAUGACUCACUCUUUAUGUGCAGAGAUACUGUGGAAUGAAUAUGAUCUAAGAAACUUGUUUUAAAUUUUGUCUCCACCGUGGAGAAGCUCAUGUCCUUCUUUUGUUGUUCUAAAAGAGUUUCCUAUUCUUUCUGAGAAGAAACAAGGUCUUGACUUUCACAACAUUAAGUUU